UUGGGCUGGGGAGCACCCACAGUUCACCCAUCAUAAUCCAGGAUAACACAGUUGGUAGAACAUUCAGGCUACAACCUGGCGCUAACCACCAUGUGUCCAUAUCAGGUCAUAUCUCAGCUCUCUCCCCACAUGUACGAGUGUUAACAUUCUAGUGCACAUGCGCCUCAUAUAAGGCACUUAAAGUGACCGUAACAUUUCACUGUUACGAGAUUGUCUAUCAAAUCAAAUUCAAAUCAAAUUUAUUUGUAUAGCGCUUUUUACAACUGGUGUUGGCACAAAGCAGCCUUACAGAAACAUGAUCACAGGACAAAGAAUCAGGCAAAAACAUUAAACAUAGAAAAUACACAAUACAGAACCCCCAGUGUCUAUGUUCUUCAUAUGUGAGUAGUCCCAAUAUUUUGGCUCGUUUGUGUGCUUUUGCAGGAAUAGUUUUCACAAUAGUUCUCAUAACAUAAAAGGCCCUAGAUAUAUUACUAUACUGUAGACUGUAGAGAUUGUCACAUUUUCACACUCUUAUAGAACGUGCACAAAUCUUUUCAGAUUUCUGCAUUUGAAAGUCACACCUCCUUUCACUGUUGUCCUUCAGCGUAAUCUUACCACAGAGAAUUCAUCCUUCCAUAUAAAUAACAAAUAACAAGUCCUUUUACAUCCAUUCAGAUGAGGUGUCAGACCUAGCACACACUGAAUAGUUGUCUGUAAUAGGUAAAUGGAGUUGCUUUUUACUCUUUUGAAUGUGGUCAUGGCCACAGUUAGUGUUUCAGGUGGUAAUGCAACAUGUAGCCUCCAAGGAGAGUCAGCAUUUUCACAACUAUCGAAGGAUGGUGAAAUUAUAGUUGGUGGAAUAUUUUCCUUCCAUGGCAGCUCUGAGAUCCCAGACAUGUCCUAUAUUGUCAAACCACCUCCUCUAAAAUGCAAAAGUCUUAAUUUCAGAGCCUUCCAGUAUUCACAGACAUUGAUAUAUGCAAUAGAGGAGAUCAACAACAGCUCCUCUUUACUGCCUGGUGUCUCUCUGGGCUACAGAAUCUAUGAUAGCUGCAGCUCCACAGCAAUUGGGGUUAGAAUGGCCAUGGCACUUGUUAAUGGAAACGAGAACUCAGACUUGGAUGAGCCCUGUUCAAAACCAGCCCAGGUGCAAGCCAUAAUCGGAGAGACAUAUUCAUCAGUGUCAAUGGCUAUUGCAAGCACUAUCGGACCUUUCAGCAUUUCCAUUAUCAGCCACUAUGCCACCUGUGAGUGUCUCAGUGACAAAAGGAAAUAUCCCUCAUUUCUGCGCACUGUUCCCAGUGACUACCAUCAGACAAAAGCACUGGCAGAGAUGGUGAAGCACUUUGGCUGGACAUGGGUGGGAGCAAUCAGAAGAGAUGAUGAUUAUGGUAACAGUGGAAUGGCUGCAUUUACUGAAGCAGCCGAACAAAUAGGCAUAUGCCUAGAAUAUUCCCUUCCAUUCUUUAAAACUUACUCACAAGAAAAGGUGCUGAGGAUUAUUGAGCAGAUUAAAAGCUCCACUUCUCGAGUAAUAGUGGGAUUUCUUGACAGCUGGGACUUAGAGAGUCUGCUGAAUGUGUUUUAUGAGCACAACAUCACUGGAUACCAGUGGGUGGGAUCUGAGGCCUGGAUCUCUGAUCCAGUACUUGCUACAAAAGAUAGGAAUAACAUACUACAAGGAGCAAUUGGCCUAGCCAUCCCUAAAACAACAGUAACAGGUCUGAAAGACUUCAUUCUGGAUAUAUAUCCACUGAAAUCUAUUGGAAGUGGCAUAUUUACAGAACUCUGGGAGGCUUUGUUUCAGUGUACAUUUACAAAACAGAAUGAAUCUGAAAAUACAUCAGUGUGCACAGGAGAAGAGAAACUGUCUAAAGUGGAAAACACAUUUACUGACAUGUCCCUGAUGCCCAUUUUCAGUAAUGUGUAUAAAGGAGUUUAUGCUGUUGCUCAUACACUACAUGACCUUCUCGGCUGCACUCAAACAUGCCCCACAAAGAAGCAGCCUGAUCCUCUCACUUUUCUAGAACAUCUCAAAAAGGUGCAUUUUAAAACCAAAGAUGGAGAAGAAGUGUUUUUUGAUGAAAAUGGUGAUCCUCCUGCAAAAUAUGAGAUCAUAAACUGGCAUACAAAUCAAGAACACCAGCAUGAGUUUGUCACUGUUGGACUUUAUGACUCCUCUUUUCCACCUUAUGAUCGAUUAGCAGUAAACAUGGACUCUAUUGUGUGGGCUCAAAAUAGCAAGCAGGUGCCGAGGUCAGUGUGCAGUGAGAGCUGUCCUCCAGGCACCAGGAAAGCUGUACAGAAAGGGAAGCCGAUCUGCUGCUUUGACUGCAUACCAUGUGCAGAAGGAGAGAUCAGUAAUACUACAGAUUCAAUUAAAUGUGACCAAUGCAACCAAGACUACUGGUCAAAUACACGCAGAGAUGAAUGUGUAAAAAAGGAAAUUGAAUUUCUGUCCUAUGAAGAAACUAUGGGAAUUUUACUGACAGUGGUGUCUAUUGCUGGUGCAUUCAUGACAGUAUCAAUUACAACCAUUUUCUUUAGAUAUAAAAAUACCCCAAUAGUUAGAGCCAACAACUCAGAGCUGAGCUUUCUGCUGCUCUUCUCUCUGAAGCUGUGUUUCCUCUGUUCACUGACUUUCAUCGGUCAGCCCUCUGAGUGGUCCUGUAUGCUGCGUCACACAGCUUUUGGGAUCACCUUCGUUCUCUGCAUCUCCUGUGUUCUGGGGAAAACAAUAGUGGUGUUAAUGGCCUUCAGAGCUACACUUCCAGGCAGUAAUGCUAUGAAAUGGUUUGGGCCUCCACAGCAAAGACUCAGUGUUCUUGCUUUCACUCUCAUACAGGUCCUAAUUUGCAUCCUUUGGUUAACAAUAUCACCCCCUUUUCCUUUUAAAAAUCUAAAACGUUACAAGGAAAGGAUAAUUUUAGAAUGUCAUAUAGGAUCAAAUGUAGGUUUCUGGGCUGUGCUGGGUUAUAUAGGAAUUUUAGCUCUUUUGUGUUUUGUUUUAGCUUUUCUGGCUCGGAAGCUUCCUGAUAACUUUAAUGAAGCCAAAUUCAUCACGUUCAGCAUGCUCAUAUUCUGUGCAGUCUGGAUCACAUUUAUCCCAGCUUAUGUCAGCUCUCCUGGAAAAUUCACUGUCGCUGUGGAGAUAUUUGCUAUUUUGGCCUCAAGUUUUGGUUUACUUUUCUGUAUAUUUCUACCAAAAUGUUACAUAAUCAUAUUGAAACCAGAGAAAAACACUAAAAAACAAAUGAUGGCAAAAGUGCCAGCUAAGUGAAAUAAUUGUCUUAAAAAUAACUAAUGUUGUCCUAGGCUUAAGAUAAAAAAAUGACUGAAUGUUCGAAGCAAUAUAGAAAUAUUGUGUUUAUUGUGUACUCUUGUUUUAUUUUGUAUUGUGUAAAGGUUUCUAAUGGUAGGAGCAUUGUUAAUUGAAUAUCUUUGUUUUGCAAGAAAUUCUCAAAGUAUUUUUUAAAUGCUCAAGCCAGCAUUACUAACAUGGCUGUGCUGUUUUGAUGGCAGAAUUGUCCAAUCCCAAAGAAUACCUAGUAAGCAUAAAUUAUAUGAACAAAAGUAUGUGGACAGCUGCACACCAUUUUUAACCUAUAGGCAUGAAAUGACCAGGUGCUUGAUACACUUGUGACGUUAGGAAUUAAAAGAACUCGAGUUUAUUGAUUAAGAUGUAUGUUACAAUACAGUCCAUGUAUAUUGUAUCUUUUUGUUUCUGUUGAUGGGAUGAACAGUAGUUUAUCUAUAGGCUAGGUUUACCUGGUAAUGGGUUAAUUAUUAAACUAAAUAAUAAAUAAAAGAAAUUGGUGUAUGUAGGUAGGUACAGGUCAUUUGAUUGUAAAGGUAAAUAUUAUGUUUGUAUACAGAUGUUUCUAAAACAAAUAUAAACAAUAAAGUCAACAUUGUUGA